AUGAAUGGAGUGAACUUUGCAUCUGCAGGAACUGGUGCCCUUGCGGAAACUCAUCAAGGAAAAGUGAUAGACCUUAAAACACAAUUACGUUAUUUUAAGGAACUGGAGAAGCUACCAAGGCAGAAAUUAAGCGAUGAAGUAGCUAAGACAUUGCUGUCCUCUGCUCUUUACUUGUUCAGCAUUGGAAGCAAUGACUACUUUGUACCUUUCAUUCCAAACCCCACUGUGCUUCAAUCCUACAACAGAAACGAGUACAUCAGGAUGGUUAUUGGCAACCUGACAUCUGGUAUCCAAUGUGGUCUGAACAAGUUCGAAUUAUGCGAUAAUGCGAGUGAAUAUCUCUUCUUUGAUGGAAUUCAUCCAGCAGAUGAGGUUCAUAAUCAAUUUGCAAAGUUGUUGUGGAGUGGAAAUCCUGAUGUUGGAGGGCCUUACAAUCUCAAAACACUGUUUGAGGAAUAG